AGGCCCAGCAUCCUCGGCGCCGUUUCCUCUUCUUUCCCCGAUCCGCGGUUCCUCAUCGCUUCGCUUCCUUCCCAGAUCAGGCGAAAGGCGUGACGGGGGCCACCGCUGCGGCGCCGCCCCUCGACCCUCCGCUGCUCCGCCUGCGCUGGAGACCAUCCAUCUGGAAGAGAUCUCUGAUUUACGGGAUGGACGGAGCCAAGCCAGUGGCGGCCGGGAAGCAGGACCUGGAAGAGGCGCUGCUCCGUAUCGUGCAGCAGCACCACCACCAGUCCCUCUGCCAACGACAACAAACCGAGCGUGCAAAGAAGGACGCCUUGAAGAGCGCUGUGCGGGUCGCCGAUCUCCUCGUGGACACGGUCGACGGCGGGGUGCGGGAGCUCUUCGUCAACGAGAAGCGCAUCGAGCUCGAGGCCCGCGCGCUGCUCGGUACGAUCGCGCGGUACAGGAGGCAGACUGAUGAGUGGCUGGCGGCCACCAGCGAGAUCAACUCGGCCCUGAAGGAAAUCGGAGACAUCGAGAACUGGAUGAAGAUCAUGGACUUCGAUUGUAAAAGUAUCAAUGCAGCCAUACGCAAUAUUCACCAGUCAUGACUCUGCCCGCGAUUACAAUUUCACGAUUUUUAGGAAGUAUCCGUGUCAUUACGUUCUCUGAUUAGAAUUAUUGGGUCUGGAAACCCUCUUUUUAUGGAACCGUGUCUCCUGAUUUUCCCAUGCUAUGAGUGUAUGUACCCUUCAAUUUCAAAGUGAUGAUAUAUAUAGGAUCAAAAUACACCUGUCUGAGGAUGUGUUCCUAGUGGUGUUAGUCUCGUGCCAUUAUCAGAACAACUGUUGCCCAUCAGCUUGCAUGUUCAAGAAUCACUGCAUUGUUGCACA